CAAUAAUCAAGAUCCCGCAGCAACAAUCGCACGCGGUGCGCAAUGAUUUCCUCAUAACAUCGGCACCUUGGAUCUAUCGCAAUGGCGGGAAGGCGUUUUGUGGACGCGGCGAAGCUGUUCCAGGCCUCGAAAUCUAUUGCAUCGAAGCACAUCACACUCCGAUCGCAACAAUUCGAAGCCUAUCAAAAGACAUCCACACUAGCCAAGGCCGUCAAAAGCCAGACAGACCGUGUCACUCUUACCGCUUCCGCUGCCAUUGCCCUCUACCAGCGAUCCAACGAGGCAGCUCCCGCAUACUCAAAAGCCGCUCCCGAGCGCCCACCAGCAACAGACGCACAGCACGCGGACAUACCGAGAAAGGAGACAGUGGAGAGACAGGUCCCAGAGCAUGCUGUAAGAGAGGGACUCAAGCAAGAUCAUCACUAUGAUCGCUCUGGACAGACAACCGCUGCUCAGCCGCCGCCAGAGCAGGAGCUGGACAUCGAGCAGGCAAAGGCACCACGUCGUUCAUUGCCAGAUGGCACUAUACCGCCCAUCGGAGCGACAUUGGGCCAGGAAGAGAAGGGCCAGGACACUUUCUCGGAGCGACCUGUGUCUGAGGCUCCCAAGGACCCCUUGGCCAACGAACAAGCAACGCAGGUCCGACAAGAGGGUGAAGGCAUCACGCCCGCAGAGUCCACAGAUUCGACCAUACCGUUACCUGGGCAGCCAAGAGGCACAUCCCUAGAUGCUUCAGAGCCCAUCCCAGCCCACGCGAACGAUCUGCAACCGUCGACGCAGACGUCGAAGAUACAAAGCCUUCUUCAGGGACACGACAGAGAUGUUUUCUACACAAGAUCGGUCGAAUCACAGCCUGCGUCUUCUGCCCAGCCACGCUCCCAGAUACCCAAAGAGACUACAAGCAAGCAAGGAAACAACAGUCAUGUUGAGGAUGGACGACUCAAUCAGGAUGUGUUCUAUGCUACUCCAAAGCCUGGGCAGCAGCAGGUGCAAGGGGAGGAACCUGUUCAGGCUGCAGUCCCUGCGGAUGAAGAGAUACCAGAGGGCAUCAACACCGACGUGUUCCACUCGAAGCGAGUCGCUCGAAUGCUCGGACAAGACCGCUACUCGCGCAAAGAGCACCUGGGCCCAACGGUCUCGAAGGGUACAGGGAGACACCCUCUUGAUGAUCGGCCUAUAGUACAGACCGAUCACAGUGCGAAGCUUCAACCGAACCAACCAGCUCAACCGCCGACACCUGUCCAGGCGACCCAGACAGCCCAACCUGCAACUACUGAACAGGAGAUGCAGGAUCUCUCUUCCAAGCUGGCCAAGGACGUCGAAGCACAGGCUGCGGCUGCUAAUGAGAUGCCUACCGAACUUGGUGCAGAGCCUGAGAAGCCAGCGUACGCACUUCGUGAAUCGAGAGUACCAUCGUCGCGAUUUGGCCGACUCUGGCAGUACGCUGGACUUGGUACCAGCAUGGCCCUAGGAGCUGUUGGUGAAAGCCUUCGUCGUGUCACAGGCACAGCCGCCGCGACAGGUGGCUCGCUCAUGCUGAGUCCUGGCAACCUCGAGAUCCUUGUCGCAAAGCUCUCUCGCAUGCGAGGUGCUGCGCUGAAACUUGGGCAGAUGAUCAGCUUCCAAGACAGCAAAAUGCUACCACCCCAGAUCCAGGAAGUUCUGCAGCGUGUGCAAGACAGCGCUGAUUACAUGCCAGCCUGGCAGCGGGACAAGGUGCUUGCGUCAAACCUUGGGUCCGAAUGGCGCGAUCUCUUUGAGUCGUUCGAGGACAUUCCAAUUGCAGCUGCAUCCAUUGGACAGGUACACAAAGCAGUACUCAAGUCAACAGGCCAACCCGUAGCCGUCAAAGUUCAAUACCCCGGUGUCGCCAACUCCAUCGACUCCGACCUUAACAACCUCUCCAUCCUCCUAACCGCAUCCCGCAUCCUCCCCCGUGGUCUCUUCCUCGAUAAAACCAUCGCCAAUGCGCGCACCGAGCUCGGCUGGGAAUGUAACUACACCCGUGAAGCCGAGUGUCAAACCCGCUUCCGCAAUCUGAUCGCCGACGACACCUCCGUCUUCACAGUCCCGAAAGUCUUCCCCGAAGCCAGCGGGCCGACCGUGCUGACCGCCGAACUGAUGAGCGGCGUCGGCGUCGCCAAACUCAAGAACCUUACGCAAUCCCAGCGCGACUGGAUUGGCACGCAAAUCCUACGCCUCUGCUUGCGCGAGAUUGUCGAGUUCAAGUUUAUGCAGACAGACCCGAACUGGACGAACUUCCUCUUCAACGCACACGAUAACAAAAUCGAACUCCUCGACUUUGGUGCGAGUCGGGAGUAUCCCGAUGAAUUUGUGGGACCGUACAUCAACGUCCUUAUCGCUGCUAGCAAAGAAGACCGCAUCGCCAUCCGCGACUUGAGCCUCGAGCUCGGCUAUUUGACGGGCGACGAGAGCACGGCUAUGUUGAACGCACAUACAGACUCGGUCCUCACGCUCGCAGAACCGUUCAAAUCCUCUGGACCGAAGAUCUACGAUUUCAGAGACCAGACGAUUACAGAUCGCGUCCGCGACCUCAUUCCCGUGAUGGUGCGGGAGCGCCUCGCGCCGCCGCCGGAAGAAACGUAUUCUCUCCACCGCAAGCUCUCAGGUGCUUUCCUUCUCUGCGCACGUUUGGGUUCGAGAGUUCCGUGCCGCGAGCUGUUUGAGAAGGCUAUUGCGACGUACCAUGAGAAAGCGAAGAUGAAAUGAAC